GAUUUUUGAGUACAUUAUAGGGGCAUCGGAGGUUUUGCGCAAACAGGAGAAACCUCCCUCCCAUCGCAGGGGAAACGAACUACGGAACCACCACACAGCCACACUUUCUCUCUCUAGCUUCGCUAAACGGUUCUUCUUUAAUUUUUUUUUUUUUUGGAAAUCCAAGCUAAUUAGAGCCUCAAAAUUCCACUUUCGAUUGGAACCAAUAAAAUCCGAAACCUGGAAAGAAUCUAUAAUUCAGUUGCAGAGCUCGAAUCCUACUUAUCAGAGUCCGUUUAUCUUUACAAGCUACGGAAACUUCAGCAGUUUUCAAACCCUAAGAUGAUUGAUGCUUGUGAUCGGGAUGCCAGUGUCUGCGAUGGCUCCGUCUCCAUUAACGGUACCUCCGUCGAACAAUCCUCCAUCUUCUUCUUCAAUGAGGUCGCCUUCUUCUUCUUUACAAUCCCAGCAGCUAUCUCUCGGCUUGCUCUCCUUACCUCCGUCGACGUCGGGGGUAGCAGCACCACCUGAUCACCAUGUUAUGGGCCCGGAACCGAUUGCCAUUGCGCAACCGCUGCAAGAGCCAACUGUUGCAAUAGCACCAGUUGCAAGAAUUCGGCUUUCAGACAUUAUACCUUAUGAUGGAGCACCAGUAGGAACAUAUAGUAGGUCAGUGGAGGCACUUUCUGGUUCAAUUACUAGGCAUAAUGCGGCGGUGAUCGAGCUGGGAAGUGAGGAAUCGGCACUGAUGCGAUGUGCUUUAGAGUCGGCAAGGCUGUAUUUCAGGAUGGGAGCUCAGAGUAGAAGCAGCGGAGGGAGUUGGGGAAAGGCCAGUCGAGGGGUCUACAUCUACCGUGGUGGAAGGGCUUUUGAAGAUGGGGACUCAUCACCCCCCUGUAUGGCUGAUGUUUUUAGGUGUAUGGGAAAAGCUGCUCGUGCUGCUUUGUGCGCAAUAGCACGGCAUCUCCGUCUGCGAAGCGAUGUUUUUAACCAUUUGCUUGAUGAUACCCCAUUGCCUGCCAAUGAAGCGUCCUCGUCAUUGCUGGUAGCAGCCUAUUCUCAUCCAUCUUUACAGAAUUGUAAGGGGGCUAUUGUGGGUGGGAAGCCAGCUAUCAACAGUGAAGUAGAGAAGGGAUUAUUGACAUUAAUUACUUCAGAUAGUCCUGGAAUUCAGGUUUGUGACCCCAAUAGUCGUUGGUACCUAGCAGAUGGUGGGUCAGGUCCUGGGGAUCUUUUGCUACUUACAGGCAAGGCCCUCAGCCAUGCCACUGCUGGCCUUCGCCCUGCUGCUUCAUACAGGGCUGCUCCUGACUACUCUUCUGCCACCACUGGAAGGACAUCUCUGGCUUUUAGGCUUAUGCCACAGGGCAAUGCUAUUUUAGAUUGUUCUCCAAUUGCAGCAGUAGGCCAUGUUAUUCCCCAGAGCUAUGUUCCAAUCUCUGUAAGCCAGUUCAUGGAUGACCUUUCUACUGAGGAAGAUGUAGUGUGCAACCGUUCUGAUAAUGCUUAUGAAACCAGGAACAAUUUGAACAGGGAACUAUCACUAUCCUUAAGAAGUGUUCUCUCUGAUCCCAUGUCUGGUGCAUUUCUUGAAGAUGCUGUUGUUGUUUCUUGUGGACAUUCAUUUGGUGGGCUCAUGCUGAGAAAGGUCCUUCAAACGACCAGAUGUACCCUUUGCGGUGUGGAAAUUGAGGGCAGUUCUUUAAUACCAAAUCAUGCUUUGAGAGCUGCAGCUGCUGCAGUGAAGCAUGAGGAUGACCGGAGACUUUUCCAUAAUUCUGUUCUCCGUAAGCGCCGGAGGGAAGUCGGUGAACAAAUGGAUGCAAUGAAGAGAAUAAACAGGGAAAAUGGGGAGAUGGCUGCAGACGGUGACAGUCCAAGGCUACAAAGAGGGGUGCAAUAUCCGUAUUCAGUAAAUGAAAAAGUGCUUAUUAAGGGAAAUAGGAGGACCCCAGAAAAAUUUGUUGGAAGGGAAGCGGUCAUCACAUCACAGUGCCUCAAUGGCUGGUAUCUACUCAAGAUUCUUGGAAGUGGAGAGAGUGUUCGCCUGCAAUACCGUUCUCUCCGGAAGAUCCCAAGCUCUCAGCCAACAGAGGAUAGGCUUCCAGAUCAGCCAGUCAUUCAGAAUAGCAGUUGAUCAACCUCAAGUAGCAGUCAGGAUUCAUUAGAUUAUUACCUUGCUGUCCAGCCCUUGUAAAAAAGUGCAGAUGAGUUUCGUGUGAAUGAUUGUAUUAGAAUGUUGUGAGAAAGAGUAGUAGUUUGAAACCCAAUGGUGGUAAUUAAAUGUCUGUAAAGAGGAGCAAGAUAAAAAGAAAAGAAAGAAACAGAGAGCACGGGGUGAUGAGAGAGUGCUGAAACAUACCAGAUAUGUCGCUCUUUGUAUCAACUGGGAAGUUAAGGAAUACAUCAAAGUUUGUACACCUUGUAUUGUCCAUUGUGUUCACGCGUGAUUGUGAUUCGGAUUAGUGGGAGAAGCAAUGAGAUGUAGGUUGGUAGGUAGCUAUAGGCUUCCUCCCCUGCUAUGGUCAAAUUUUCUUGUGAUUUUUUCAUAUGAUUAAACAGAUUAGAGUAAUUGAUUCAGCUUGAUCAAGGCUGAUACUGUACAGUUUUUAUGCUAUAUAUCAGAUAUAUUUUUCUGGUCUUACAA